UUAUUCAUUUACUAGGCACCGCUUGGAGGGGAAAGCGAACGAGAAGUACAAAAUUAAGCACCGUUUUGUUCCCUUUGAACGGCAGUUUGCACAUCAUGGCUUCGGCUGCUAAUAAUGGGUCUGUUGGCAAGUGGGAAGUUGUAAGGAAAGGCAAGAAACAAAACAACGGUGGGAAAAACCAAGCUGAGAAGAAGUCCGGGGCGAGGAAAGCGCUCAGUGAAUCCAACCUACCGCGGGUUGAUCCAUCUCCGUCCAUUAAGAUGUCGGAGACGGUGUUCGAGAGCUUUGAGAAGCUGGGAAAGAAGCAGAACAAAGAGCAGGUCCCACCGCCGCCCUCACCCCAGCAGAAGAAGCUCAACGCGGGGAAACAGCCCAAGAAAUCCCCCUCCAGCAGCAGUGCCAAACAGGGCCGCUACAAAAGCCUGGAGGAAGCCGUCAAAGCCCUGGACGUGGAGGAGCUGAAGCAGCAGCUGGAGAAGAGUCAGUCGAUGUUCCCAGAGAAUCCGUCUGUGUGGGUGAAGGACCUGGCCGGAUAUCUCAACUACAAACUGCCUGCACCCGAGACCGAACCCACACUCAGCAGCUAUGCUCACGAUUACCCAUACUGCCUGGUGGGGAAAGAGCUGCGUGGUGUCAUUAAAAACCUGCUGAAAAAAUGCAGUGACUCUCUGCAGGACUUCUUUGACCACUGUUUGUUCACCAUGCUGAGAGAGCUGGACAAACCAACAGGCGAUUCUCUGCAUGGCUACAGGAUCUGCAUUCAGGCACUGAUGCAGGACAAGCCAAAAAUAGCCACCCUCAACCUGGCUGAGCAUUUGGAGCUGCUCCGAUCUAACCAGAACCGACCAGGCAAGUGUCUGACCAUCAUGUGGGCUCUGGGCCAGGCCGGGUUCUACGACCUCAGCCAGGGCUUACGAGUGUGGCUGGGGACGAUGCUGCCGGUCCUUGGUGUAAAGGCACUGUCUGCGUAUGCCAUUGCUUACCUGGAAAGACUUCUCACACUCCACGCCAACCUGACCAAAGGUUUCGGAAUAAUGGGACCCAAAGAGUUCUUCCCCCUGUUGGACUUCGCCUAUAUGCCUAAAAACGCCCUGUCUUCAAGUCUGCAAGAGCAGCUGAGAAAUCUGUACCCGCGGCUCAAAGUUUUGGCGUUUGGAGCAAAACCAGAGUCGACGCUACACACCUACUUUCCCUCCUUCCUCUCUAGGGCCACACCACAGUGCCCUGACGCCAUGAAGAGAGAGCUCUUAAACAGUCUGACUGAGUGCCUGUCUGUGGAUGGACAGAGUUUAGGAGUGUGGAGACAACUCUACACAAAACACCUCUCACAGUCCAGCCUGCUGCUGGAUCAUGUACUGAAGACAUGGAACACUCUGCCUCCAAAGUUGCGUAAACACCUUGAGGAAACCAUCCAGUCAUUCCGUGUGACGAAUGAAGAGCUGAGACUGUCUGUGAACUCAGAGGACAUGGAAACCUGUGUCGACCUCUGCAAUUCUCUGCAGUUGAGGAUGCGAGGUCAGGGCUUUCCGUGGUGGCGGCUGAUCAUGGCGCUGCUGGUUUUUGUCGGCGGUUUCAUCGCUCAUGACGUUCGGUCACAUGGUUCAUUCACAGACUCCACCACAGCGCUGUACCUGCAGAGGUCAGGGGUCACCGCGCUGUCCCAGCAGGCCUGGACCAAAGUAUCAGUGUACUCUAAGGAGGGCUUCAGCUGGUUGGAGGAGAACGUGCCGCAUUAUUACUCUGUGGUGGUGAAGGUGGUGGAGCCACUGCUGCAGGAGGCUCUGGAGAAGAUGAAGAUGGCUGCAGUAUUUACAGCAGAGAAAAGCUCUGAUCUCAUUCAGUGGAUUACAGAAAACACACCUCAUCUCAUAGAGUGGCUGAAUGCUAACACUCCCCAGAGUGUGUUCCAGUUUAUCGAGUACGUGAAGGAGCUGCUUGUGUUUCUGCACCAGACCUACCUCCUUCCCGCCCUGCAGUGGGCUGCGUCUGCCUUACAGCACUGCUGGCAGGCGCUGCAGGACUCCUGCAAUGGUGAGGUGACUCUCCUGUGUGUGCAGAAACACAUGAUCUCCUUCACCAACAGCACCUGGAUCUACCUACAGGGCACGACUGCGGCCUUCACCAGCUGGGCUCAGGAUCUGCUGUCCCGGGCAUGAGCCAUGCUCUCACACUCACACACACACUCUCACACACACUCUCACACACACACUCACACUCACACACACACACACAGCCUGAGUCAGGACCUGCCUUUUGCAUGCGUUUGCCCUCUUCCUGGGCGCACUGAGGCCUGCAGCUCUACCCUGUGGCUCUGACUGAGGGGCUGUGUGAAGAGCAGAGCUUUUACUGGUUCCCAGCAGACUUCUCCCUCUGCGUCAUCUCCUUAGUUUUGUUUUUUUUUUGUUUGUUUUGUUUUUGGAAACUUUCUCCUCAUUUGUUAAACUGAGGGAGGUUUUUAUCCGUUUUCUACCAACACAACACCCCCCCCCCCUCUCCGUCUCACCUGUGGCGGCCUGUGUGUCAGGUGUGGUUCAGGUCUGUCCUGUGCAGUUAUUUAAGAAGGGGUAGAAGAUUGGCAGACGGGAGCAGACUGGCCCUGCUGUGCUGGGAGGACCUCUCACCUCUCACCCCUGCCUUCUUAUUGUCUCUGCGUCUAACGGAGAGGCGUCCAGACCUUGACCAGAGGUCAGGGGAUGUGUGCCUGUCGCCAUGGCGAACGGAAUGCCACUGACUGACUACUGCAGCCGAUUCUGCGCCUGAUGCUCUUUACUUGAACAUUGAUUCGUUUGGAGAAGUUUGAGGAAGUUUUUUUUUUGAGGGGGGUGCACAGACAAAUUGAAGAAUGAACCCUACUUCCCCUCUCUCUCU